UAGUCGAUGUAGUCAUAUAUUUACCCGCCGAAAGGCAUUCCAUUGAACAGCCUCCUGAGAGGUCCGCGCGAUCCACUAUGGCGGCGCCCUAUGGAACAUUAGACUGUGAGGACUUUUCCAUGUUUCAGGAGAUGCUGAGGACAAUGCGCACCAUCGAUGAUCGCAUCGUCCACUCCCUGAACACCACCGUGCCCACAGUCUCCUUCUCAGGCAAAGUGGACGCCACACAAACGUGCAAGCAACUCUACCAAUCGAUGAUGGAGGCCCAUCUGAGCAGAGACAAAGCCAUCAAGACGUGCAUCACCCAAGCGUCUGAAGUGGUGGGACAACUGCGAGAGGCCAGGACGAAAGAUGGAGACAACUUGGCUCUCAUCAAGCAGCUUAGAAAAGAACAGACCAAAUUAAAGCUCAUGCAGUCUGAGCUGAACGUUGAGGAGGUUGUCAACGAUAGAAGCCUGAAGGUUUUUAACGAAAGGUGUCGAAUCCACUACACGCCUCCCAAGGUGAAGUGACUGCGUCCCAAACAAUAGACGGACCCUAAAAACUGUGACCUGCCGCCGACAUCUUGGCUCCAGACUGCUCGGACCUUUCUUCGUCCUCCGUCUUGCUCGUGUCCCGGUGUGAUUUUUGUCCCGCAUCGUUAAAAACAGCCUUCUAUGUGCUUCUUUGAUGACAGAAGUAUGACUUUUUUUUUUUUUUUAAAGAUAAUGAAAUAUUUUCAAAAAGAAUCCUGGUGUGUUUUUCCAAUGGAUGACUGCAAAUGUGAGAAAAAAAUACUAUGAAA